AUACACUGAGAGACACUGAGAGACGCUGAGAGACUCGGAGCUGUUUGCAGUGAGAGCAUCGGGAGGGAAACGAACCUACAGGAAGAGAACGAGAGCACACGGGCAACCAGAGAAAAUCCACAAGCCCCCCCCUCUCGAUGGCUGCCUGGGAUCUUCAUGUGUCCGUCGAUGACCUCGGCCCAGAGGCUCCGCCCCUCAUCAUCAGCGUCACGAGCGACCUUCACAUAGGAGGGGUUAUCCUGAAACUCGUCCAGAAAACACAGAUGCAGCAGGACUGGUCAGACUAUGCAGUGUGGUGGGAGCAGAAGCGAAUGUGGUUGCUGAAGACUAGCUGGACGCUGGAUAAGUACGGGGUCCAGGCCGAUGCCAGGCUGCAGUUCACCCCGCAGCACAAGCCCCUGCGUCUCCUCCUGCCCAACACCUGCACGCUGCGGGUUCGAGCCUGCUUCUCAGCACCACUUCUCCAAGCUGUCAUUGACAUCUGCAGGGUCCUCAAUAUCCGUCACCCAGAGGAGCUGUCUCUCCUCAAAGCCCCGGAGGAAAAAGAGAAGAAGAAGAAGAAAGAGAAGGAUGAGGGAGGAGAGGAGAUCUUCGACCUGACUGCGGUCGUCCUGGGAAGCGCGGCUCCCAGUUUUUACAAUGGAGUGCCUGCUCACUUUUUUGACUCCGCAGAGACGGAGGCGGUCUAUAAGAUGCUGUCUGUCAGCCAGCCCACCAUAUCCCCCGAAUUAAUGGCCAAGAUGUACCGGCCCAGCAGCCUCAUUGACAAGGCCCAGAUCAACAGCAGGUGGCUGGACUCCUCGCGCUCCCUCAUGCAACAGGGGAUCCAGGAGAACGAGAGACUCAUCCUGCGAUUCAAAUACUACAGCUUCUACAACCUGGACCCCCAAUACGAUGCAGUCAGGAUAACUCAGAUGUACGAGCAGGCUCGAUGGGCUAUUCUUCUUGAAGAGAUCGACUGCACCGAGGAGGAGAUGAUGCUGUUCGCCGCCCUGCAGUACCACAUUGACAAGCUCUCUCAGUCCUCGAACCCAGAUCUCAAGCCCUCUCAGAAUCAGGCUCUGGAAGAUCUGGACUCGGCGCUCAUGAACCUCGAGGUGAAGCUGGAGGGAACGAGCAGCGCGACGGACACGCUGGAGAGCAUCACUGACAUCCCAGAACUAAAAGAUAAUCUGAAAUUAUUCAGGCCCAAGCGCUUGACUCUCAAGGCCUACAAGCAGUACUGGUUCAUCUUCAAGGACACGUCCAUCUCGUACUACAAGAGCAGAGAGGAGGCGCACGGGGAGCCCAUCCAGCAGAUGAACCUCAGAGGGUGUGAGGUGGCCCCCGAUGUGAAUCUUGCGGGACAGAAAUUCUGCAUCAAGCUCCUGAUCCCAGCGCCAGAGGGCAUGAGUGAGGUCUACCUGCGCUGUGAAAACGAGAGCCAGUAUUCUCAGUGGAUGGCUGCCUGUCGCUUGGCCUCGAAGGGCAAGACGAUGGCUGACAGCUCGUAUCAGAGCGAGGUUCAGAACAUCCUCUCCUUCCUCACCAUGCAGAAAUCGAAUCCAGGCCCGCAGAUCACCUCUGAGGAGAACAUAAACACACAGUCCCUCGUCUCCCCGCGCUACCACAAGAAAUACAAGGCAAAGCAGUUAACCCCUCGUAUCCUGGAGGCCCAUCAGAACGUGGCUCAGCUCUCUCUCACAGAAGCCAGGAUGCGCUUCAUUCAGAUCUGGCAGUCCCUGCCCGACUUCGGGGUGUCCUACUUCGUGGUGAGGUUUAAAGGCUGCCGGAAGGAUGAGGUCCUGGGCAUUGCUAAUAACCGUCUCAUUCGAAUCGACCUGUCUGUGGGGGACGUGGUCAAGACGUGGCGCUACAACAACAUGAGGCAGUGGAACGUCAACUGGGACAUUCGACAGGUGGCGAUCGAGCUGGAGGGGAACGUGAACGUGGCGUUCAGCUGCGUGACGGCUGACUGCAAGAUCGUCCACGAGUACAUCGGGGGCUACAUCUUCAUGUCAACCAGGAGCAAGGAGACCAGUGAGGGGCUGAACCAGGAGCUCUUCCACAAGCUCACUGGAGGACACGAGGCGCUGUGAGGAGAGGAGAGGAGGGAGAGGGGAGAGGAG